AUGAACAAAAAAGCGAGCCAACAACAAAGCCUGUUUGUGUUCAUAAUCACCACUCCAUACCGGGCCCUCUGCAAGGCCCGCGACUUCUACGUGAAAAGCAUGCUAAACUGCGCGAAUUCAAACGCCAUCGGGCUGCAGAGCUCCGUGCAGCCCGGCCCGGCCCUGCCUCGGAGCUUCAGCGCGACCAUGUCGUCGUCACGGUCUCGCCGCGACGACGACGUGGACUACCGCGAGCUGGUACGGGCUGCUUCGGCCCGUACCAUAGGCGGCAGGGUCGAUCUCGAUGCCUACGUGAAGCAGGAGCGGAAGGCGAAGCCCGGCCGGCGGGCCCUGCCGUCUAGAAGCGCCAGCGUGGCAAUGGGGAGAAUUGAUGAGGAGAGGCCAACUGGAUAUUUUGGUGAAGAUAUUAAAAUUGGUAAUAUUAAUAAAUUUGAUAAUAGUAAAAUUGUUGAUAGGAAGUGUGAAUUGAAGUAUCCAAGAAGCAAAAGUCAUGCUGCGGUGAGAACCGCACUGCUUUGA